UGUCAUUCUUUCAUCAGUUGGCAUUGAGAAAAAUCAGUUGUUUAACACAGUAACUCGUAGCAAGCGCUCAUUGGGUGCAAGCAUUCUUGCCGGACGACGGAGAGAGGGAACAGAAAGGUCGCGACAGUUGAAGGUGGAGUAGGGAAUAAUGGUUUGGAAGUAAAAUUUCACGACCAAGUUCAAGAAUGGUACCCGAAGGGUUAAAAAGACACAGGACAUGAGGAGGUCUACAUGGACGUAAAUCCACCAGCAGAAACUUGGAACACACAACUACCAGAUAUAUUUCCGAGUUAAGAAAAAGAUGGAUGUGUAGUCAUGGUCAUGGUAGCACGUCAUUCUACUGGAACAAAGCGCAAUCAGCAACAACAACGGACUGACCAGAACGAGCGUUCACUUUCACCUGAAUUCUUUUCAAUGGCUGAGUCCAUUGCUUGCAAUUGACUACUGUACACACGAAAAUACAUCAUAUUCGGAUGUAAAAACCAAUGAAAAGUGCAGUCCUCGCCAAUGACAGUCGCAACUUUGGCGAUCACUAACAUAAAGGAAGAAAAGUUCGAGAAGACCAACGACAUCCAGGCACAUGGGAAACCACGUUGCACCGACAAAGACACUCUGAGUCUCGACUUGACUGGGUAGUGCGGAUUCCCUAACCGGAUAAGAAACAAAUCCCCGUGUUUGAAGAAGCCUACCAGAACGAGGUGAAGGGCUGUUCCGAACAGCCACAACCAUCAGCAUUUGACUAGCGCCUCAAAACUUGAAGACCGCUCGUGAAAAUCGAGCGUCACAUCCGAAACUGCAAUGCCUCAGAAAGUGUGCACAGAUAAGUGGAAUCAAGGCCUGGCAAGGCCCCACUACAAGAUAAGGCGAGCAAGGACGACGAACAUCAGCAACAUCAGCAACCGCCGCAAGACGCCACAUUCGAAGUGGAGCCAGGGAGCCCAAGCUGCAGAGCGAGACGAGCGUGACGUCAAGGUUUCGAUCCGAUCGAACGGGAGACAAAGGCCAAGAGCCACAGUCACCAUCGCGAUCAGAAACAGUGACAACAGCAAACACCACCACGAAUUUCCUGCGCACAGUCUCCCCCAAAUCAUGCGGAACUUGAAGGUCACCUCGCAGAGUCUCCGUCCGAGGACUUGACUUUCAUUCGAUUUCCAGCCGAUGUGACAUCCAACGGCACACCGCGUGUCUUAAUAUCUACGGCUGAGGUCGUUCACUAUCGACGGCACGCAUUUCUGCAACAAUUGGUCAACAAUUUCCGUGGACAAGCCGGAUGGAUCCGGUAGAAUUUCUCCUCUUGAUUAUUAUCUCCACUGGUCUGUACAGUUUUAUAUACCGAAGUUGUUUGAAAACAAUUUCGGUAUAGUCAAAAUAUCGGAACAGUUGGAUGAUAAUAAUACCUUUCCAUCAGAUCAACUAAGCUGUCAAGAU